CUCCACCAUCCCUAUCAUCUCGACCAUCCCGGCCACCUGAGGCAGGCAUCCAAACCGCCCCCCCCCCAAAGUCCCGCGCGCAAUGUCCAGCAAGAAGACCGUCGAGAUCCGGCCCGCCACCCCGGAGGACGUCCCCGCGGUCGUCCAGUUCAUCCGUGAUCUGGCCACCUUCGAGAAGCUGCGCGACAAGUGCCUCGUCGACGAGGAGCUGCUCCGCAAGGCUGCAUUCGGCCCUCGGCCAUACUGCGAGAUCGUGAUCCCGAGCGUCGAGGGACAGGUCGUGGGCUUUGCCUUGUUUUUCCACAACUACUCAACCUUCACGGGCAAGCCCGGCAUCUAUCUCGAGGAUCUCUAUGUCAAGGAGGAAGCUCGCCACUUUGGCGUGGGAACUGCCGUGCUCAAAUACCUUGCCCGUCUUGCUGUCGAGCGAGACUGCACCCGGGUCGAUUGGCAGGCCCUGGACUGGAAUGAGAACGCCAUCAACUUUUACAGAAAGGUCGGCGCCAGAUCUCUGGAUGACUGGAUUACAUUCCGCUUGGAUGGCGAUGCCCUCCUUCGCUAUGCCAGUUCGUAAACCGACAUUGACCUUAUUCCUCACAGAGGGCUUGCCCCCAGCAACAGCUCAAUGAAAAUACACGCACAAGUGUCUGCCGAACGAGCACCAUCAUGAGCCGCCGCCAUCCGUCAAUGUCGUCCUCGGCCAGCGGCUAUGACGUCCAGGCCUUCUUGGAUUUUU